AUGGCGUCAAUUAACCUCAUCCCCGAGGGCUGGACAACCGAUCCGCGUGAAAUGUCUUACGACGCCUUUUGGAGAUCCCACGAUAGCCCUGGUCAACAAAUCGCGAGAGAGCACGGCCUGAAAGAUACUCAACCUAUAAUGUGCACCAAGAGAGAAACCAGAAUCCCUACUUUCGUGUUUCAAGCGGAAAAACGCUUUUAUAUCUGGGACUGUAUCGGUGGGUAUAUCUGCGGGAUACUUAAGCCGGAGGAUCUGAGUGAGAUUCUUGUGGUUAUGGGGGGAGGGGGGAUUGAUGCUUUGAAGACGAGGGAUUUGGAGCCGGUGGUGGCUGAGUGA